AUGGAGCUUCCAGCACAAGCCGAAGAAGAUAACUCAGAAGACACAAAGGACACUUUGCAGGAAAAGAAACAAGAAUUAGGAGACUACUUCAACAUGUCAUUAGAAGAAAUCCAUCAAGCCAAUGCCUUUAACAACAUCGAGAAAAUUGUCAGCACCUUGACUCAUAAUUCUGCUACUUUAUAUGAGAAAGCAAACCUGCAAAAGCUUAUGGAUCGUUUCACAGAGUUCAAAGGGAGUGUUCCUGACUCCGUGACCACUGCAGAGAGAACCCAAGCUCACAGCAUAUCUCUCCUUAUGAAGUCCAUAAUGCUGAAGCAAAGUCUGGCUCAUGUACAAGAACAGCUCCGUUCUUCAGAGGCUGGGCUAUCCAAGAUAUCUAAAGAAAAGGAAGAAUUAGAUAUCCAAAUUCAGAGUUUGAUUUCCAGGAAAGAAAAGCUGAUAGAGCAUAAGAAGUCCACUGAAUUUCAAUUGGAAACGACCAAGAAAACCGUAUCCACUAAUCUGUCAGAACAGAAGAUGAUAGAUGGAGAAAUUGAGCAAGCAUAUGAAAACUGGUUCAAGGCAAAAGAAAAGCUAGUCUUGGCCAACGCAAGCUGGAAAUUGUUCAAAGAAUGUAUCGAGUUAUAA